AUGGCCGACGAGAUCGUGCCCGAUCCCACCGCGGCUCUUGCUGCAGCCCUCGCCGCGGUCCUACCUGCCGCUGCCCCUUCGAAUCCUGCUGCCUCUCUCGCCACCAUCAAUAUCAAAACUCACCUCCCAAUCACCCUGGAACUUCACCCGCCCAAUUAUCGUGCCUGGCGUGAGCUUUUCACCACCCUCCUCGGCAAGUUCGGCGCUGGUCACCACAUCGAUGGUACGCCGGUGCCUGACCCGGUCACGCCGGUGUGGACGACGACGGAUUUCUCUGUCCUAUCCCUCCUCUACUCGUCCAUCUCUCCGAAGCUGAUGAACAAGGUGAUGACGCCCGGCGCAAACGCCCGCACCAUCUGGCUGGCGAUCGAGGCGUAG